GUCCCACCAAACCCACCAGAAGAACAGCUCAUCUCAUCUUUUAAAGUUUUUUCUUCUUUUUUCCUCUCCUUAUUUUCAGGGUUCUCUGAGCUCUGGAUGGAAGCCCCAGUGGGUUUUGAGGUGCUGAGUGCACUGAGGAUGAAGCGUCUCUGUCUCUAGUGUAAAUUUACCCAGCAGAGAAGAAUUUGGGUCUCAGAGGAGUCUUUUUCUUUCCUUGUUGAAGAAAACACCUUAAAAGUACAAAUGGACAGUCAGUGUUACCCAGGUGGCUGCCAGGUGGUUCCAGUUUGGAAGUUGGUGGCCAUGUGGCCAUCAGAAAAGGAGGAGGAGAGCAUAAUCCUGAUCAGUGAUGAUGAUGAUGAUGAUGAAGGGGAGAGCACCCAAGGGAGUUCUGUCCUGUUUGUAGAGCCACAGGAGAAGUCUCCCCUGGAAGAGAAGAAAUCAGAAGAGCUGGUGGAUGAGGAAGGGGAUUUAGUGGUCACCUACUGUAAACAAGCCAAUGUGAUGCCCCACGCCAGGCACGACUGCAGCACGCACCCCUUUGAGAGGAGCGAGAGUGAUACUUGCUUCCCCCUUGGGAAAAAUGCAGAUAUUUGUGACCAGUGCUACUGCUACAUCUGUGACAAACUGGCUGCUGAGUGCCAGCUCUGGACAGCCCCUUCCCUGUGCCACUGCAAUGCCCACAACAAAAGCAACUUCUGGAAGGCACAGAGGAACUUUGCCCUGGCUGGGAUCCUGGCCACCUUCAACCUGGAGCUGCUGGAGCUGGACACAGAGCUGCGACACGGGGGAGAUCUCCUAGAAAAAUUCAUCAGGGAACUUUCUGUAGCCUAUAACACAUACCUGAGAGGAGAAAGGAUGUGUCCCCCAGGUCAUGAAUGCUGCUGCAAGCCAAAAUUGCCUCCAGGGCAGUGCAAUGUCUGCAGCUCACAGAACUUUGAGGUGGUGUACAAGUAUUCUGAUGUUUUCGAGCUGGUAACAAGAUUUUUAAAUCAGGCAGAACAAGAAAGCCCCAAAGCUGCUGCUGUCAUGCUGCUGGGAGCAGCUAAACAGCUUGCCCUGCACAAAGACCCUGCUCUGCUUAGGAGCUGUCAGAACCUUGGCCACACUGCUUCCCUGAGGAUUGCUGUCCCAUUUCUGUUCCAGAGGAUCACAACCCGACUUCAGAGGAUGCUGGUGUUGUGUGACUUCCCAAAAAUUCUGUAUGAAAAGUUUGUUGAGUUUUUCCAGUCCAUCUCCCUUCCCUGCCACUGCUAUGCCUUCUCAAACAGCUUGAAUGUUUUGCCCUGGGACCACACGUCACUGACCACAGUUUUAAAAGGCCAGAACAUCACUGGGCAGAGGAGACAGAAAGGGAGGAAAACGUACCUGUGGGAAGCACUCCCUGUUGUGGAGGCUCGAGUGGAGAAACUCCUGGAGAAAAAAAAGUAUAAGGAAGUUGUUCGGUACCUGAGAGCUGUGAAGUGCAAUGAAAACCAAAGGCUCCGAGACCUUCGGGACCUGAUCCCAUUCUACCUGUGCAAAACUGGGAAUUUCCUGGAUGCUGCCCACUCCCUGCUGUUCCCUGUGAACAGCCUGGCCUGCUGCUCUGCCUGCAGGAUCACUCCCUGCCAGUUCAAGGUCUACCUCAGGAUCUUCAGGACAGGCUGUGUUCCCUCUGGGAAUGACUUGCAGGAGGCAGGGCCCUGGGUCACGGCUGGCUCUCCCCUGAGGAACACUGUGCUAAUUAAGCAGGCACUCAAACUGCUCUACAGCAGCAAGGCACUCUACAGGAACGCCAAAUGUUGGAGUUCCUUCAUCAUGAUUUUGGGGAGCAGCGAUUUGCUGGAAAAGAGGGGGCACCUGCUUCCCUUAGCCCUGGGAGAGCCCCCCCUUGGCUUCCAAGAGAACGUGCUGGCAGCCAGUGGCAACUUUCUGGAGGAUCUCAAGUCUGGAGUUAAUGUGUCUUUGCCAUCUGCUGUUUUUUCUGGUCAGGUGAGUGAUGACAACCAAGGAAUUUAUCCCCAGCAGCUCCGAGACCUUCGGGACCUGAUCCCAUUCUACCUGUGCAAAACUGGGAAUUUCCUGGAUGCUGCCCACUCCCUGCUGUUCCCUGUGAACAGCCUGGCCUGCUGCUCUGCCUGCAGGAUCACUCCCUGCCAGUUCAAGGUCUACCUCAGGAUCUUCAGGACAGGCUGUGUUCCCUCUGGGAAUGACUUGCAGGAGGCAGGGCCCUGGGUCACGGCUGGCUCUCCCCUGAGGAACACUGUGCUAAUUAAGCAGGCACUCAAACUGCUCUACAGCAGCAAGGCACUCUACAGGAACGCCAAAUGUUGGAGUUCCUUCAUCAUGAUUUUGGGGAGCAGCGAUUUGCUGGAAAAGAGGGGGCACCUGCUUCCCUUAGCCCUGGGAGAGCCCCCCCUUGGCUUCCAAGAGAACGUGCUGGCAGCCAGUGGCAACUUUCUGGAGGAUCUCAAGUCUGGAGUUAAUGUGUCUUUGCCAUCUGCUGUUUUUUCUGGUCAGCUGCACCACGAGGCUUCUCUCAUCCUGGCAGUGCAAGCAGUGCAGCAGAUGCUUUGUUGUGACCUUCCCCACUUGACUUCCUUCUUGGAGAUAGUCCUGGCUUUUGGGAAAAACUUCUGGGCUCUGAGGCUGUUGCUGGAGCAGCUUUCCUGCGAGGAGCACAUCCUGUGUGGCACUGCCAACCUGCUUUUGAGGGACCUGAGCAGGGAGGAAGGCACCAUGCUGAGAGUGUGGCAGAACUCUGGCCCUCAGUACGUGGGGGAGUUCCUGUGCCUGUUCCUGACCUGCAGACACAAGAGGAUGCAAUCCGUGGGGCUCUUCAGCCUCAACGUGGUCAUAGAGAACCUGCACCUAUGCCCCUGGGUAAAGCAGCUCUGCACCUUUUUCCACGAGUCAGGGUUGGGGCAGCUCCCCUUUGGCACCACAGUUCACCAGGAAGUUUCCAAGUUCGUCAGUGCUUUUGAGAAGCUCUGAUUGGGACCAAAUCCUCAGGAAUAUUUUCUCCGUUGGUUUUUCACCCAAGCAGUCUCUUCCUGGAGAGUUCUUUGGGUUUGCUUUGGUUGUCACCUCCAGGAAGAGUCAGCUAAAAACUGGGACUGGCUCUGGAACAGAACAUUUGGGGAGUUUCUUGCAGUUCCACAUAUUCAGGAGUUGUUGGAAGAGGCAGCAGCUUGGAGUUGUUUUCAGAAGCUGAGAAAAGCAGGGAUGGAGCAGGAAGCAGCAGAGAAUUCUUCCUCCUGUUGGGACACAAACCUUGCAAGAGGCAAAUGCUGAGAGGGGAAAAACUUAAACCAGGCAAACAGGGAGCUGAAAACUCCCUCUGCAGCAGUUUGGGAUCAAGUGCAGUUUGCACAGCUCUGAUUUUUGGGUUUCAUUCUAAACCAAAAGGCUGGCGGAUAAAACUGAGCUUUAUUUUUUUUCAGACAACCCCAGUGUGGGGCAGCGGAGAGCUGAUUUUAUUUGGAAAUAAUCCAGCUUUCAGGCUGGGCUUUUAUUUUCUGCUGAAAAGAAGGUUUAGAUUGGUGCAGGUUUAUAAACCAAAUCCUAAUUUUGGGGGGAAUUUGGAGUUCACUCUGCCCUGGGCAGCUGAAAGAGCUCUGCCCCUUUGGGAUCCCUCCGUGCCCUGCUUGGGCAGGCAGGAAAACAAACCUCAGCGUGUGCCCAAGGGCACUUUGCACAUUUCCAGGGCUUUGGGGGCUUCUGCAGCCCCAAAUUCCUCCAAAAAAUCCCAAAUUUCCGACAAAAAACGCAUCUGGAUGGAAAUUUGACACCUUGUUCAAUAAAACUGCCCAAGUUCCGUUGUUACAUUGA